AGCGUUGCUGCUUAAGCCUGGUGGCUGCGAUUCGGCGGCAUGUCAUCUUCUUCAUGCCAUACAUUGCUCCUCUGAGCGGGAGCGCUCCUUUGGGCGUUUCUGGCGCUCUUGGCUCUCUUUCUGGUUCGGUGUCGGAGCAUGCGGGCAGUUUUUGACCCGGACCUGUUGAAAAGGGACUUGGAAGCCAAGCUUCAGAGGUUGAUCGAGGAGGAGCGACAAGCUCAGAGUCGAGAGCGGGAUGGUCACCCGUAUCAUGCACUGAGUUUUCAAAUUCCCUGCCAAGCUGGAGAGGUGCUACCCUCCGAGCUAGUGCCGGUCCAUCAAAGAUGCUCUGCAGGGACGCCCAGCUUCGACCCGCUAGCAGCUCUGAUGGAGCCACCGCCUUCUUUGGGAACUCGUGGACAUCCGAAUAGGUGCAAGCCGGCCUGCCGCUUUUUUAGACGAAGAGGCGGGUGCAGAGAUGGUGUCAAUUGCAAAUUCUGUCACGAGUGCGUUGUCUCGGAGCCUGAGCCGAGCUACAUUGGCAUGGCCGCGUGCAAGCAUGGCUCAGCGUUCACAGCUCCAAGUGGACCAGUUCCACCAGGCGCUAUGAAAAGACCAGCCGCUUUGGAGGAGUACCCAUCCGAGGGCUCCAAAGGACAUCCCCUGACUUGUGCGCCCGCCUGCAAGUACAACUCCAAGUCCAAAGGAUGCAAAGACGGAGCGAAUUGCGACCACUGCCACUUAUGCAGAUGGAGGCGUCAUGCCUCCGGUAGCAGCGGCGGGGGCUAUACUCUGGACACGCACACCACUUUUGUUUGAGGCAGUGACACAGUAUUGCACUAUAGUUCAAUUUGUGCUGCUUCUCGCGCUCGUAAAUUCAAGGAGUCUAAUGGAAACUCCUUGCGACCUUCGGGAUGCAAACACUCCAUGCUGCAAGUUGGAGAUGCGGAGUGGCCGCGCUAAAUCCAGUGCUUUUCA